GCAAAUUUAGCUCUUAAAGUUAAAGAUGUUUUUAACCUUGUUCAUGGUUUUAUUGUGUUUCCAUAGUGUUGUCUAUGCCCAAUAUUCAGUGAGUGUGGAGAGACCAUGUCCAAUGGAAACAGUCACUUUCACCUGCACUGCUGCUGGAGAUUUCUUGAGAUGGGAACCGUCAGAUGUGACUCGCACGAUCGCUGUCCGCUCCACCUCUGAUCUCAAUGUAGCCAGUGUUGUAUCAGGUUACACUGUGACACUGAUUGCAUUCAACGACACUACUUUAACGUCUACUCUGUCAAGAACAGCAAAGAAUGGGACCACUGUGUCCUGUGUGGGUAUUGUGCCUACUCUAACCACUAUAGGAUCUUCAACAAUCCGAUUGGUUGAUCUACCAGGACCACCUUCCACCAUCAGACACUCCAUUCCGAGCAGCUCAUCCAUUGAAGUCAGUGUAUCUGUACAGUGGAACCCUCCUACUGAGACUAGUGGUAGAGAUGACCUCACAUACACAGUGACCAUCUCAACUCCAGCCCAGCUCUCUGAUACUGUCCUCACAUCCACCUCUAUCACUGUGAUUGCUCAAUACAAUGUGAACUACACUGUCAGUGUUGUGGCUACCAAUUGUGCUGGGAACAGUACAACCGCUGAGUACAGCUUUACAAUUGGAGGCUGUCCUGUGUUGACCAACCCCAUGAAUGGAGCCUUUGGAUCAGUCUCCAGCAGAUUACUAGGAUCCACAGUAACCAUCCAGUGUGAUGUUGGGUAUGUAUCUGUUGUUACUAGUGUGACAUGUGAGGGUUCACUGAUGUGGAGUCCAGACCCUGAGGCUAUUGAGUGUACAUCACUACCCACGCUCUCUCCCACAACUCCUCCAAUGAACUGCACAGCUUCACUAUCCUCACCACAGAAUGGCACUAUCAGUAAUCAUUCAGUACCAGCUACUCCUGGUACAAAAGUGACCUUUCAGUGUGACGAUGGACUGUUCCCUGAGGGCAUAAUGACUGCCACCUGUCUAGCUACAGGAGGGUGGGACAAGAUCCCGGCGGAGAUCGUCUGCAGAAAUGAGUCUAUUUCGUGUGUCCUGCCUGUCCCUCCACUCAAUGGAACAUUACUCAACACCAACUCUCUGAACACUAACCCAGUCGAGGGCUCGGUCAUUACCUUCCAGUGUGAUCCUGGGUUCUCACCGGUGGGUGCAGUGACUGUCACUUGUAACAACUCUGGUCUCUGGGAUCCUGACCCGACUCUGUUGGAGUGUGUGGCAGCUCCAACUGUUACUGGUGGGAAUGAUGCUGCUAUAGCUGGAGGUGUUGCUGGUGGCAUAAUGGUCGCUUUACUUGUCAUUUUGUUGAUAAUAAUUAUCUUAUUGGUGGUUCUCAGAAAGAAAAAAGAGAUUGUGAGGCAUAAAUCAAAUGACAGUAUAGAAAUGGAUCAUAAGUUUGAUGUGGAAUACAGUGCACUACGACACAAUGGGCCUACAAAGAAGUACCAGCCUCCAGCAGCGGACGAAGAAGGUUACAAUAGAAUCACUCAUAAUGUGAAUCCUGCUUCCCUCACCUAUGAUGAGGUCACCAUCAAUAGUGAUAAGAAAAUAGCGGUCAAUGAAGAGGGAUACAGCGUGAUGGACACUGGACAGGGUGCUCAGAAGAUGCCCGGCUAUGGCCAGCUCGGCAAUGUGGCAACAGUGGAGCCGGUAAUCUAUGCUGCCCUUAGCACUAGCCAACCCCGCAAGAAAGGGGCUGCCGCUGUGGACCAUCAUCAGGUGACCUACGCCACUGUGGAUAGUGAUGCUACCAUGCAACAGGAAGCUAAGGCUGCCAUCCUCCCAAGAGCCUCAGCCCCGGCUGAUGUGGACAAGCUCCUGGACAUUGACCAGGCCUUGGUGCAGAUCAGGUCAAUGAAACACAAAUGGAGGGAGCUGGCUGAGACUAUGAGGGUGCCAGAAACAAUGAUUGAACAGAUCGAGGAUUCAUGUGGAAUCAACCAUGGUGGCUGUCUAACGGAGGUGAUCGACCAGUGGAUGAGGAGUUGCUCUGGGCGACCAACCUGGAGGGAGCUGGCUGAUCAUCUCCAUAAUAUUGGAGAGGAGCAAUUGUCACAAGAACUCAUGACUAUCUACGAUACUGGUCGUCUCCCAGUGGAGUUGAACAUGAAGGCAGUACCAAGUACCGUGUACAAGUACGACCGAGCCCCUCCCCCUCCCCUCCCCUCUCGAGCACCCACAACGACAGAUGACGACCCCGGACUACCAAAGCUUCCCUCACGUCCUCCUAAAGCAGCUGGUGCGGUAAUGGUUCCAGCCCGUCCCCCUAAACCAGCCCAUAACAAUGAACCUCCGGUACCUGCACGCCCGUCCAAGCAAUAUGCGAAGCAUUAGGUACUGGAGGUACUGGGUCAUAACUUGUUAGUGCAAGAAUCAACUCAUAUCCUUUAGGUGACAUAUUUUCAUAGGUAGUAGCUGCUAGGUGUGUGGUAGAAUACAACAAACAUUUUAGUGCUAGUAUAAGAAUCAACUCAAUACAUGAACUCAUUGACAAGCUUAUUAUCCCCCAUAGUUUAGUCACAAUCACUUAAUUGUCAGCUUACAUGUUUAACAUGUUAAGAAAGUUUUAGGUUAUUUCUCUCAAUUCACAAACAUUUUUUAAUCGAUCACUGCUUAUAUCAAGAACAUUAUUUUGUGUACAUACAAUUAUAGUGUACUGUACAUGUCUGCUGUCUGUUGGUUGAUGGACAUAAUAUUGCUGA